AUGUCGGAGACCGCUCCCGCCGCCGCUCCCGCUGUCGCGGCCCCCGCCGCCAAGGCGGCCGCCAAGAAGCCGAAGAAGGCGGCGAGCGGCUCCAAAGCCCGCAAGCCCGCGGGGCCCAGCGUCACCGAGCUGAUCACCAAGGCCGUGUCCGCCUCCAAGGAGCGCAAGGGGCUCUCCCUCGCCGCGCUCAAGAAGGCGCUGGCCGCCGGCGGCUACGACGUGGAGAAGAACAACAGCCGCAUCAAGCUGGGGCUCAAGAGCCUCGUCAGCAAGGGCACCCUGGUGCAGACCAAGGGCACCGGCGCCUCCGGCUCCUUCCGUCUCAGCAAGAAACCCGGGGAAGUGAAAGAAAAAGCCCCGAAGAAGAGAACUGCUGCAGCCAAGCCCAAGAAGCCGGCGGCGAAGAAGCCCGCCAGCGCCGCCAAAAAGCCGAAGAAGGCGGCAGCGGUGAAGAAGAGCCCCAAAAAAGCCAAGAAGCCGGCGGCCGCCGCAGCAAAGAAGGCAGCGAAGAGCCCCAAGAAGGCAACAAAAGCCGCCAAGCCCAAAAAAGCGGCGGCAGCAGCGAAGAGCCCGGCUAAGGCGAAAGCGGUGAAGCCCAAAGCAGCUAAGCCUAAGGCGGCCAAGCCGAAAGCAGCCAAGGCAAAGAAGGCAGCACCGAAGAAAUGAAGUGUUGAAGUGGAAAUACUUUUAAACCCAACGGCUCUUUUAAGAGCCACCCACUAUUGUCCCCAAAAGGGCUGAUACACUCCGUCACUGAGCUCCGUGCCUGCAGCAGAGCCAACUAUUCGCCACUAUCCGUGUGGGACGUUCGUCUGUGGAGUGGAUGGGACGCUAAACUUACGGCCGUGGUUUUACACUAAGACUUGGAAAAAUAAAAGUUUACAUUCCCGGCGAAAA